CCAGGUUGAACACAUUGUAGGAUUUUAAACUACCGGUAGCUCUGUGAAGACGUAAUAUCAGGUGUUUAUAAGCUAAUUAGCCAUACCCUCGUAUGGAAUUUGUCGUUAUUGUUUGAAGUAACACCUCAGCAACGCCUUUACUGAAAAUAAACAACACAUAUAUGCAGAGAGCAGACUGAAUUGCACUGUUUCUUUCUACUCCGAGUUGUUGUUCAAGUCGGUAAACACAGAAGAAUGCUGUCAGACUCGAACUUAGCUAACUUAGCGACUAUCUCUAUCACCACUAUGCGUAACACUUUUAAAACUGUGUUACGGCAGUUGAGGAACUUUUUCUCAGUGUUCGAGGUUACUAGUGGGAUUUUCUUAACGAUCUUUACAUCACUGAGUGUAUGCAUUAUCACGAGUAUUCUCGAUGUCCCUGUUGAGUCCUUGGGGGUCGACUCCAGCGUCUUCACAAGUGGUCAUGUGCACAAGCUCCUCAGCUAUCCCCUCAUCCACUGUGACGUAAUGCAGCUGGUGGCCAGUGCUGGGGUGUUGGUGGUGUUCAGCAGUGCUGUGGAGAAGGGUGUUGGGACGGUGCGUUUCCUCUUCCUCUUCCUCCUGCUGGCCACCGCCACAGGCCUACUCUUCGCCCUCCUGGCGCUCCUGGUCUAUCCAGAACCUUCCGCAAGUGUGGCAUUAGGGCUUGUGCCUGUCGCCCUGGCUCUGCUGGGCAUGGUCACCAUCAGCUCCCGCAUGCAGAAGGCUAUCUUCUUCGGCGUCAGCGUUCCCACGGCAACUCUCCCAUGGAUCGUUCUGCUUGCCAUCACCCUCUUCAUCCCGGGCAUGGUGCUGCUGUGUAACAUCGUUGCCAUCAUCGUAGGGGUCAUCUAUGGAAAGGGGUGGCUUUCUCUGCUGGAGAUGUCAGAGUCUAGAGCCGCGGUUCUGGAGAAGAAGACACCUUUUAGGUUGCUGAAGAGGAUCAUGGGAGAACGGUUCAUCCCGGCAUCUGCUGAGGACAGAAGGGAGAUUCUGCACACACAGUGUAAGCCCCCUCCUGGCUCCUACCCCGUGCAGGCUUACGCCCCCGCCCCCGCCUCCGCCUCCGCUGCCCCCUCCACCAAUCAGAUGCACAGCAUCUAUGAGGGCUGGUCCUACUCCACCUACACCCAGCAGAACCCCACCUCCUUCCCUGCCACACAUACAGCACCGCAUGGCUUCAGCCAGGGACAUGGGCACAGCUGUGCAGAAGAGGUCCAUGGGCAUAGUCAUGAAGGUCAUGGGCAUAGCCACGAAGGUAAUGGACAUAGUCACGAAGGUCAUGGGCAUAGCCACGAAGGUCAUGGGCAUAGCCACGAAGGUCAUGGGCAUAGCCAUGAAGGUCAUGGACAAAGUCAUGAAGGUCACGGCUAUGUUCAUGGACAGCAUGGUCACUAUGCAGGGCAGCCUUUGUAUGGUCAGUAUGGACAUGGUUUUGGAGUGGCUGCAUAUGGUCAGUAUGGACACAGUCAGUUGUCUGCUGGUGCAUACCCAGCUGCGGGUGCAUGGGCGCCCCCCAGUGCGCCUGUGCCCCCUCACCUCAGCUCUGUGCUGGGGACGAGUACCUCCACUCAGGCUCAGAAUCCAGAACCUCAAAGACUAGACCACUGAACAUUCCAGAACACCCGGCCAAAGUGUAUGAACAUUAUCUAACACCUGAGGCAGGUGUCUGAAGGUUCUAUAGCACUAGGGUCAGAUGACUGAGGAUUGCACUGCACAGAUGACUGGUGACCAGGACAGAUCACAAUAUCAUGUCACCAUGAUGUCCAUCAUGUGGAGUCCAGUCCACACGAUUCAGUUUUCCACCAGAGGAGCACAUUUGAAUGUACGGUUUCCUAGACAAUAUUUACUCUUGCUGUUUUACGUUAUUAAAAAUGAUCUUUUCUAUCCUACCCUGUGUUAAGGUGUAAUGAUUCUUACACCCUAUGUUUACCUGUGACUGUAAUCAAAGUAUUUAAUCCAAGUUGUAUAAUGUAUGUUAAUAUCUAUGGUUUUGGUAUGUAUUUUAUAUAUUUAAGUUUGUAUUAAAUGUUCAAAAUGUAACCUCAUAGGGCCUACCGUUAAC